AUGAAGGGGGCCAAACAUAUUCGUAACAGUCACGUGAUGUCCGAUCACAUGAGUGGCGGACACGUGUCCGGCGGUGUCGGCGGCGGCAACACUGGUGGCAGUCAUACGGCGAGCGGCGGUACCGGCGGUGGCCAGACAUCCAGCGGCAGUGGCAGCGCGUCCGCCGCCACCACUUCCUCCUCAUCAGCCAAUCAUAAUCACCACAAAUCACAUCCUCAACAGCACUACAAGAACUCGGCCGACGCUAUCGACGACUUUGAUUACCCGUUUUGCGACGAUGUGUCCAAAUACGAGAAACUCACCAAAAUUGGACAGGGUACGUUUGGCGAAGUGUUCAAAGCAAAGCACAGGCAAACCCGCAAAAUAGUGGCCCUGAAGAAGGUGUUGAUGGAGAACGAGAAGGAGGGUUUCCCCAUCACAGCCCUGCGCGAGAUCAAGAUCUUGCAGCUCCUGAAGCACGACAACGUCGUACCACUCUAUGAGAUUUGUCGCACUCAGUCGCGCAGUGACCAGACAUCGAGCGGUACGUCAGCGGCCGGCGGGUCGGCCGCCGCCACCGCCGGUCCGCCCAAAUAUAAGGCCACUUUCUAUUUGGUGUUCGAGUUCUGUGAGCACGACUUGGCCGGACUCCUGUCCAACGUUAACGUCAAGUUCUCGAUGGGAGAGAUCAAGAAAGUGAUGCAACAGCUGUUGAACGCCUUGUUUUUCAUACACUCGCAGAAGAUAUUGCAUCGAGACAUGAAAGCGGCCAACAUUUUGAUCACCAAAAACGGGGUCUUAAAACUGGCCGACUUUGGACUCGCCCGCGCCAUCAGCUCCGGUAAUACAACCAAACGCUACACCCAUAAAGUGGUCACUCUGUGGUGUCGGCCGCCGGAGCUAUUGCUCGGCGAAUGUAAUUACGGCUCACCCGUUGACCUGUGGGGCGCCGGUUGUAUAAUGGCUGAGAUGUGGACCCGGAACCCAAUAAUAGCCGGCAUCACAGAUCAGAUGCAACUCAACCUAAUCAGUCAACUGUGCGGUUCAAUCACACCAGAUGUGUGGCCGGGUGUCCAACGCCUGGAUCUGUACAACAAAAUGGUUUUGGCGAAGAAUCAGAGGCGGAAGUGUCCGCUCGCUCUGGACCUGUUGGACAAACUCCUAAUACUUGAUCCACAGAAACGAUUGGACUCAUACUUAGCAAUUGACCACCAAUUUUUGUGGUUACACCCCGUGCCUCAAGACAUGUCUCAUAUGUUGUCCCAACACAAGCGCAGUACGUUUGCGCACAGACCACGUCCUAUCAGAACCAAGUCCUGCACAAAUAAAACCGUUUUGAAAGUAAUUCACGAUAGCAAAGAGUUCGCCAGCGAUUACAGCGAGACUAUAAAUGUCCGCCUUAUGGUUUUACCGACCGCCAUAUACUUCGGGUGCGAUAUAACGACGCGUACCGCAGGCCGAGUGCUCGUAACGGCUGGAACUGUUGCCAUCGACUUCAUGAUCGGUGGCCAAACCAAAGUGGCAAAAACUAAUUAA